AAGGUGCAGUUCAUCAUCAGGCACUAGUCGUGACAGUCCAGCUUUGGGGUCUAGAAAGUUAAAAAGCACUGACAAGAAGAUGAGAAGACAAGGACAAUGGGUAUCUUCAGCCGAUGCGUAUGAAGAGAAAAAGGUGCUGUCGGCGGCGGCGAUCCAAGUGGCCCGAAGCGAGCUGCGCGAGACUGAAAAUUCGCGCAAGCAAGCUCUGGAUGCGUUUCGUCGAUGGAUCAAGCAAAAUCCAAAAAUAGCCAAUUGCAGGCUUGAUUCUUCAUUUUUGCUGCGCUUUUUACGUGCCAAAAAGAUGAGCCUGCCGAUGGCGCAAGAAACGCUUGAGCGCUAUCUUCUGCUUAGGCUGAGCACGCAAACCUGGAAUUUCCAGAACCUCGAUUGCUUCUCCAAAGACUUGGAUGAUCUUAUCACAGCAGGAUACAUUUUUCCGUCACCAAUGAGGGACGCAUUUGGCCGCCGCGUGAUCAUCACUGUUCCAGGGAAAUUUGACCCCCAAAAGCACCGCAACGAAGACAUGCUCCGACUGCACGCUUUAGCAUACGAGACGAUAGUGGAGAAUGAGGAGGAUCAGGUCAACGGUCUUGUUCACUUUGUGGACUGCGAAGGGGUGUCUUUUUCUUACUUAACGCUUUUCACUCCAAGAGAGGCGGUGCGGAUUGCAAAGAAUGCCGAGAGGACUUUGCCAAUGCGCCACAAAAUGAUCAUUGGCUUCAACAUUAAUCCUGCGUUGAAAUUUGUCGUUGACUGGGGAAUGACCCUGAUCUCUCAAAAGAUGAGGGACAGAGUUAAGGUUCUCACAAAUGUUGAAGACACACAUUGAUUGAUUGACAAAAAUGUGCUGCCAAAAGAGUACGGAGGGCAAACCCCAAAAGCAGAAAUGAUAAGGCUUUGGAAGCUGGAACUGCAAGAGCAGAGGGCAAAGUUGUUGUCAAACGAUUUCAUGAAGGUGCACCUGCAUAUGUUCAGUGACAAAGAGCAGCAGGGCGCCGUGUCAGCCCUUUCGAAGAACGUUUGUGUACCCACUGAGGCAGCGUUGGUUUACGGCGUAAACGGCAGCUUCAGGAAACUCGAAGUGGAUUAAAAUAAGAAUUUUACUAAGAUACCCAAAAUAUUUUAAAAUUUAUUUUACAUAUAUAUUUUAUACACAGCUAUGAACCUUUUCAACGUCUUUCAUUAUUUUCAAUCUUACAAAGAGAGCUUUCAUUCUUAAUAAAACUUUUUGUAUAUAUGUGUUUUCAUUUAGAGAGAGACUGAUAAAUUUGAGAUUCAGCUCAUAAAACAAGGGUAAAAAAAUCUUGCAUAAAAAGUACUUACAUUUUAUAAUACAACAACAUGAUACACUAAACAAGUACAGCUAACAUCAACAAGUCAGCGACGUCUUGAGCCACUGCAGAAUAGAAAAUAAAACAAUAAAUUAGAUGUAGUUGGCAUUAAA